AUAGAAAAUGCCCCCCGCCGCAGCAAGCAAUCUAGACUACACCCCACCAGAUGGAGGUUGGGGCUGGGCUGUCGUCUUUGGUUCUUUCAUCUCCAUAGGAUUCUCCUACGCCUUUCCCAAGUCGCUGACCAUCUACUUUAAGGAAAUUCAGGAAUAUUUUUCGGUUUCCUACAGCCAGAUUGCCUGGGUGUCCUCUGUCAUGCUCGCCUCCAUGUAUGCAGGAGGACCUGUGAGCAGUAUUCUUGUCAACCGUUAUGGCAGCAGACCUGUGGUUAUGGUUGGUGGGGUCAUGGUUAGUACUGCCAUGGUCCUUGCUUCUUUUGGCCGUACAAUCAUACAUCUGUAUCUUUGUGUUGGAGUGAUUGGAGGUCUUGGCCUUGCCUUCAACCUGCAGCCGGCUCUGACAAUCAUUGGUACCUACUUCCAGGUCAAAAGGCCAAUGGCAAACGGGCUUGCUAUGACGGGAAGUCCAGUUGUUCUUUCCACUCUGGCUCCUCUCAAUCAGUUUCUGUUUGAUUGUUUUGGCUGGAGAGGGAGCUUCCUCAUCCUGGGAUCCAUUGUUUUGAACUGCUGUGUGGCUGGUUCUUUGAUGCGACCAGUAAACAAAAAUGCCCUACCAAAGCUAAAGGCUGAACCAUCGGAGUGUAACGGGCCCGCUGCUGAGGAAGCUGCCAGUGCACCAUCAGCUAACCUUUUGACUGAGGAAAAUCAAAGUGAGAGCAGGAGUCAGGGCUGUGUGGACAAACUCAUUGAUGUCUCUCUUUUCCGACACAGGGGCUUCCUCAUUUACCUUGUUGGCAAUGUGGUCAUGUUUUUUGGCUUUUUCGCACCUGUGGUUUUCCUGGCUCCAUACGCCAAACAUCAAGGGAUGGAUGAUUAUUCAGCUGCCUUCUUGCUCUCUAUUUUUGCUUUAGUGGACAUGUUUAUCAGACCAGCAACUGGCCUCCUAGGCAACACUAAGUGGAUCAGACCAAGGAUCCAAUACUUUUUCAGCUUUGCUGUUUCCUACAAUGGUGUGUGCCACCUUUUAUGUCCACUGGCGGAUGGAUAUGUGGGUCUGGUUGUUUACGCUGUCUUCUUUGGUUUGGCAUUUGGGAUGGUUUCUGCUCUGCUCUUUGAAGUUCUGAUGGACCUUGUUGGGGCUCAUCGAUUUUCCAGUGCAGUUGGACUCGUCACCAUCAUAGAAUGUGGGCCAGUGCUUCUUGGACCUCCAAUUUCAGGAGCUCUGGUUGAUAUAUAUGGGGACUAUAAAUACAUGUACUACGCGUGUGGAGUGUUUAUGCUGGUGCCUGGCAUAUUUUUCUUCAUCAUGCAUUACUACAACUACAAGAAGCUGGACGAGGAGCGGAGGCAGGCAGUGGCUGUGGAUAUGAGGACUUGUGAAGAGGCAGUGGAACUUAAAACAAGCCAGGAUGAGAAAACAACGCAUGAAACGGAUGGAUAAACUUGCUGACUCUGAUUCCAUUAUAAGUGGAAGAUGACCCCACAGAGGCCUUGCAGCAGGGCAUACAGUAUAUGGGGUAUUAUUGAUAAAAAAUAUAUUUUCUACUUUGGAUGAGGUUGUUGGACUCUUUGGACUUUUGUUACAUACUUUUAGAUCAGCAUUUGGUAUUUUAAUGGGUAUUUUAUGUGUGUUAUUAUUAUUAGAUUAUGUGGCAAACAUAAACUCUUAAGGGCUUCAUUCAUAAAUCAUCAGGCAACACCUCCAGUACAAUUAUCGUAAUGUCUCUAUAAACAUUUACAAUUCCUAUUUGUUUCUUUAGUGGCUGAAUAAAUAGUAAUUUUCCUGGGGGACUGAUAUGAAAUAAUGAGUCAAAACCUCCAUGGAGCCAGUCCACAGCUGUUUAUUAUCCUACUUUUCCACUAGAUGGCACUAGUCACUCUAAUGUGAGAACUAAAGGUGCUGCACAUGCUUCUCAUUAAACUGGAAUUUAACAAAGGAUAUCUUCAUUGGUGUUUUGGGUUUUUACAGCAUAGCUUUCAAAGUCUGGGUCGUGACCCUCCCAUGAGCCUCCAGAUCUAAUGACUAAGGGUCGCUAAAGGCACAGCAAUUAAAAAAUGAGAAAUGAAAUGGCUGUUGUAAAGACUACGGAAUAUUUCUCUUAGAAUACCUGCCCUGAAGCCCCCCUCAU